UUUAUUUGUAGGAUUUUAAACGUACGAUUUUAUUGCUUAAAAAAUAUAAAUCCAAUAAAAUAAAAAAAAAACCUCGCGAAUAUAUUUCAUACGACUUUCUUUUAUCUACAUAAACAAGUUGCUUGCAAUGUUUAGCCUUCUGCGUUCCAAAUCCUUUGGCAAUGUUGCCAAAACAGUCAGCCGAAUAAUACCGCAACUCCGUACAUACUCUUCACCGAUGGUAAAUCAAGCAAUGCAGCUACAACAAACCGAGAUCUGUGCAGAUCCCCCGUCACGUGCGCUGAUACUGGGCGUAUAUGCCGAUGAAGAGGAUAAAUACGAUACUGGCAUUUUAACGCCAUCAGCCUGGCGUUACAACGUACAAAAGACAGGCGGACGCAUGUUAGACGUGCUACGCCGAUCAGGACCCAUACCGAAGCGUGGAGAAACGCGCAUUUUAUUCGGUAUUGAACCAGAGAAAGUACCCUACUACUCGGCAGUGGCAGUUGUUGGUUUGGGUAAGGAAUGUUUGGGCUAUAACUCAUAUGAAGUUAUUGAUGAGCAGAAGGAGGCGAUACGUAGGUCGGUGGCAAAAGCGUGCAUGGAUUUGGCAUAUCUGGAUACGUAUAGCAUUGAGGUUGAAAAUUGUGGACACGCUGAAUCAGCAGCUGAGGGCGCUGCAUUGGGCAUAUGGGCAUAUCAAGAGUUGAAGGAUCCGAAAAGUCGUAUUGGCAUACCAACAAUAGAUUUAUACACACACAAGGAUGAAAUCUGCGAUAUUGAAGGUUGGCGCAUUGGCUUACAAAAAGCCGCAGCACAAAAUCUAACACGACAACUACAAGAAAUGCCCUCCAACAUGCUAACACCGACGGCCUUUGCGCAAACGGUGGUAGAAGUGCUGUGUAAGUCGGGUGUUAAUGUUGAAGUAAAGGUUGAGGGCUGGGCAGUAUCUCAAUCAAUGCACUCGUUCUUAUCGGUGGGUAAGGCCUCUUGCGAACCACCUAUUUUCUUGGAGCUGAGCUACUAUGGCACAUCAGGCGAAGAACGACCUAUAGUUUUGGUGGGCCAAGGCAUUACCUAUGACAGUGGUGGUCUAUGCUUGAAAGAUUUGCAAGAAUUAGUGCAUAUGCGUGGCGACAUGACCGGCGCGGCUGUGGUUGUUGCUGCUUGUAGAGCUAUAGCGGGAUUGCGUUUACCGGUGAAUAUACGUGGCCUGAUACCACUUUGUGAAAACGUAAUCGGUUGUAAUUCAUUCCGACCCGGCGACUGCACCAAAACCAUGAAUGGCAAGUUUAUCGAAAUUCAGGGUACAAAUCACGAAGAUGUGCUUGUAUUGGCCGAUGCACUGUUAUAUGCACAAAACUUCUGUCCCAAGUUCAUAGUGGAUAUUGGCUGCACAUCGGGGUAUAUGCGUAAUGCUCUCGACGAAGCUGCCUGUGGUGUCUUCACGAAUUCAGAGAUUCUCUGGCAACAGAUCAAACAUGCCAGCAUGCAUACUGGUGACAGAGUCUGGCGUUUUCCUUUAUGGAAUUACUACUCCAAGUUAGUGACAAGCAGUGAUGCUACGGAUGUGCAAAAUUAUGGUAUCGCGCGUGGCGGCCGCCCAUGCAAAGCAGCAGCCUUCUUAAGAGAGUUCGUGCCAUGCGGACAGUGGAUGCAUAUCGAUGUUACCAACGUAAUGGUGACCAAUGGCAAGCAUUUUGAAUACAUUCGCCAAGGCAUGGCUGGUAGACCCACACGCACAUUGAUCGAGUUCAUAGCACAAACAAUCUGCAAAGAUACAGCACCAAAAGCAAACCCCAAGAAGUAGUUUUGUCUUUCCAAUGGAGUAAAUCUCUCCAACCUUUGCAUGAGCUGCCAGUAUCGUAUAAUUAUUUUAUAAAUGAAAGCAUUUUUUUUUAUAAAAACACUACUAAUCAUCUUGCAAUACUAUAUGUAUU